AUGGAAAUCUUGAACAUGAUUGCGGGCCUAUCCCCUGACAUAAAUCGCCGGAGGGAUGCAGAUGAUGCCGCCAAAUCCAUGGACUCUUUUCUUGGUGCAUUGGCGUAUCAGGAGAUGUACCACCGCUACGAGUCGCUGAACCCGAGAUAUAACCAUACCCUCGAGUGGCUAGUGGAUAAAACAAGCGACCUGUGCAAAGAAAACCAGCUCCGUUCGGGGGCGGGAUUUUCCGCGUCACGGACAAAGCCCGGCUCGGGCAAAUCGACUCUCAUGAAGUACCUCAGUGAAUCCCAGCACUCUCGAAGGCAUUUGAAAGCCUGGGCGGGCGGGAAGUGUCUUGUCAUCGGGAGAUUCUUUAUCUCGGAUAAACAAACUGACAAGGCCAAUCUCUCUCAAUGGCUCUAUCGUGGCCUUCUGCAUUCGAUCGUUGAGGACUUACCAGUUCCUGAUGCAGUGAGAUUCAUAUCACUCCUCUUUCCCAAGCAAUGGAAACAGAAGCUGGAAAACGGGAAGGUGAGUAUCGACGACGAAGACGUCAGGACUGCAUUUGUCGACCUGCGCCACAAGCACGCCCUGUACGACAAACACCGAUUCAUGAUCUAUAUCGACGGCCUGGAUCAAUACAACGACAACUGGUGUGAUCUACGCAAAGACCUUGCGACGUGGGCAGACUUCAAGCCCCAGGACGUCAAGAUAUUCGUGACCAGCCGUGAGCAUGUAAUCUUCGACGAGCCUGGGCCUACGGAGGGAUUCCGUCUCCGGGAUGUGAACUACACGGACAUCUACCAAUUUGUGACCAGUAGAUUGAGUGGUCACCGCCCCUAUCUCAACCGGGUGAACGAGUUGGACAGAAAGACACUGCAAGAGAAGAUUGCCAGGGGGUCGGAGGGUGUGUUCCUCUGGGCUCAUCUGGUUGUUCAAGAACUUAACCUCGAGUGCGAGAAGGGCUGCUUCUCCGGACUGGAAGGUCUGGAGUAUUGGGUCAACAAACUUCGCAGGGAGGUAGAAGUAUAG